AUGGUCUCCACCUACCGGGUGGCCGUGCUGGGGGCGCGAGGCGUGGGCAAGAGUGCCAUCGUGCGCCAGUUCCUGUACAACGAGUUCAGCGAGGUCUGCGUGCCCACCACCGCCCGCCGCCUCUACCUGCCUGCUGUCGUCAUGAACGGCCACGUGCACGACCUCCAGAUCCUCGACUUCCCGCCCAUCAGCGCCUUCCCGGUCAACACACUGCAGGAAUGGGCAGACACCUGCUGCAGGGGACUCCGGAGUGUCCACGCCUACAUCCUGGUCUACGACAUCUGCUGCUUUGACAGCUUUGAGUACGUCAAGACCAUCCGCCAGCAGAUCCUAGAGACAAGGGUGAUAGGCACCUCAGAGACACCCAUCAUCAUCGUGGGCAACAAGCGGGACCUGCAGCGUGGACGCGUGAUCCCGCGCUGGAACGUGUCCCACCUGGUGCGCAAGACCUGGAAGUGCGGCUACGUGGAGUGCUCGGCCAAGUACAACUGGCACAUCCUCCUGCUCUUCAGCGAGCUGCUCAAGAGCGUGGGCUGCGCGCGCUGCAAGCACGUGCAUGCCGCCCUGCGCUUCCAGGGCGCGCUGCGCCGCAACCGCUGCGCCGUCAUGUGA